AUGGCGUCCCCAUCCAAUCAACCGGACCCUACUCCUUUUAAGGAGGAUCCUAAUGUCAAGAUGAUGGUUGACCCGUUUGAAGUGCGCAUGCGCUUCACAACCCAGCUUCAACGCUUGAGCGCCACGGUUACAUCCUCGCAAAAAGCGGCCCAUUAUGCGCUCAAAUACCGCGACCUGGACGAGGACCUUCACUCCUGCAUUUUGGAGCAGCUUGAGAGAAAUAACAUGAAUACUCGAGCCAACAUCAUGUCUUUUAUCGAACACUUUUGUGAAAUGGCAACCAAAGAAGACCACCUUCCCUACGUACGAAUGAUGCAACGCGAUAUUCUUCGUGUCGUUGAUGCAGUGGUUCCCCCCGAUGGCACUGGUGCAGCGAACGUCAAGCAUGUCCGACGAGUGCUUAGCAGUCUUCAAGCCAAACAGAUCCUCUCCGCCGAGACUGUGACCGAGAUCGACGCCGCCCUCAAAGACCGCGACUCCCACCCUGCACACUUGGAUCUGGAGCAAGAUGAGGCGCAGGAUGAUAGUGCCACAUCCAAGACAGGGACACCUCGUAAUACCAAGCCGCACGUCCGUGUCGACAAGCGACAGAUCGAGCAGAGAAUUGAAGAAGAUCGUGAGCGGAACAAACGCCUUCGAGAAAGUAUGUGGGCCGUUCCUGGAGACGAUGCUGCUGAGUCCCAGAAAUUCUAUGAAGAUGUCAGCGAUAUUGGUGAGGAUGAUUUCAUCAACGCUCGUGAGGAAGCUGCUGAACGACGGCUAUGCGGCGAGAAUCUUAUGAGACAAAAUGAACAGGACAACGCUUAG